CCAGCGCCUUCUUCACCUGUUUCCUCUGCAGGAGUUUCUUCCACAGCGACUUCUUCACCAGAGACUUCUUCACCAGAGACUUCUUCACCAGUCUCUUCUGCAGGAGGUUCUUCACCAGCGGGCUCCUCAGUAGAGACUUCUUCACCAGUCUCUUCUGCAGGAGUUUCUUCCCCAGCGACUUCCUCACCAGCGACUUCUUCACCAGUCUCUUCUGCAGGAAUUUCUUCACCAGCGGGGUCCUCACCAGCAGGAGUUUCUUCGCCAACUGCUUCCUCACCCGCAGUCUCUUCUGGAGGAGUUUCUUCCGAAGCACCUUCUUCACCUGUUUCUUCCUCAUCCGCAGUCUCUUCUGGAGGAGUUUCUUCCGAAGCACCUUGUUCACCUGCUUCUUCUGCAGGAGUUCCUUCAGCAGCAUUUUCUUCACCUGCUGCUUUCCCACCUGCAGUCUCUUCUGGAGGAGUUUCUUCCGAAGCAUCUUCUUCACCUGCUUCUUCUUCACCUUCGCCGGCUGCUUCCUCACCAGCAGUCCCUUCAGCAGGAAUUUCUUCACCAGUUGCUUCCUCACCAGCAGUCUCUUCUAAAGGAAUUUCUUCAACAACGCCUUCUUCGCCUGUUUCUUCUGCAGGAAUUUCUUCUCUAGCGACUUCCUCACCAGAGGCUUCUUCACCAGUCACUUCUGCAGGAGUUUCUUCACCAGCGGGCUCCUCGCCAGCAGGAAUUUCUUCGCCGGCUGCUUCUUCAGCAGGAGUUUCUUCACCACGCCUUCUUCGCCUGUUUCUUCUGUAG